AAUGCAUUCUCUUUUUUAGGUCAAGGCAUCCUCCUGUUAGAACCGGGAAAACAUGAAUUUCCAUUUAGCUUUCAACUCCCAUCUGGACUCUUAGGAACCUCGUUUACUGGGAAGUACGGAAGCAUCCAGUACUGCGUGAGGGCCGUCCUGGACAGGCCCAAGCUACCUGCCCAGAGUGUGACGCGGGAACUCCAGGUGAUUAGUCACAUCGAUGUCAACACACCAGCAUUACUCACCCCAGUGUUGAAAACUGAAGAGAAGAUGGUCGGCUGCUGGUUCUUCACCUCGGGCCCAGUCUCGCUGAGUGCCCAAAUCGAAAGAAAGGGGUACUGUAACGGAGAAGCUAUCCCAAUCUACGCAGAAAUAGAGAAUUGUUCCUCCCGGUUGAUAGUCCCCAAAGCUGCCAUUUUCCAAACCCAGACGUACUUGGCGAGCGGGAAAACGAAGACCGUCCGGCACGUGGUGGCCAACGUGCGAGGGAACCACAUCGCGUCCGGGAGCACCGACACGUGGAACGGAAAGAUGCUCAAAAUCCCGCCCCUCCCGCCAUCCAUCCUGGACUGCCGCAUCAUCAGGGUGGACUACUCCCUGGCCGUGUAUAUUCACAUCCCUGGUGCUAAAAAAUUGAUGCUGGAGCUGCCCUUAGUGAUCGGGACAAUCCCAUACAGUGGCUUUGGCAGCCAGAACUGCGGCGUGGCCAGCCAGUUCGGCGUGGACUUGAGCUGGUGGGCGCUGACACUGCCGGAGCAGCCCGAAGCUCCCCCGGAUUACACGGACGUGGUGUCGGAGGAAGAGGUGUCCGGGCAGGGCCGCCCUUACGCGCGGCCACCCAGCUGGAACGGGGAGGCCGGCUGCCCCGCGCUCGCCUGCCUUCGGGACUUCCGCCUUCAGCCGCCUCCUCUCUACUCAGAGGUUGAUCCACAUCCCAGUCACGUAGGAGAGACCCAGCCCGUCCCCAUCUGAGCGAGCGUAGUCCGGAAACCGCUGUGAUCGGCAGGCACCAAAGGGCAUUGCCUCUUCUCCCCCCACCCCUGCCUCUUUGGGGACGAGCGAGGGAAGAUUCACCUAAGAACAUAACCACAUCAACACCAAGCAAUUAAAGAAUUCAGGAACUUCAACAGGACUGUCGCCCGAGUUGACAGCAGGGCCGUGCGUCCCCUUCGAAGAAUGGGAGGGACGCAUGAUGCCAUGGAGUGUUAACGGGAGUCCCAAUGGGGACACAGUAAGAGAGGGGAGGCCUGCGCCAACCCGGGAGACAGGAGUGUGUGUGACCAGGGCAACAUGCGCGCCCUGGGAGGGGACUCAAUUUUGGAGCGCAGGGAUGUGCAGGGACAGGAAAAAGCCCACUCACUACACAGUGGGACCCCCGGGUGCCAGGGGCUGCCUGCUGCCUCCCGAUCCCAUAGGACCAAAGUCCAUGGCCCUAGGGGUCCUUAAACCAGCCUGUUUCAGGGCUGGUUUAAGAUGCGGUUUGUAAUCGGGCAGUGGAGUAGGAUGAAGCCUGGAAAGAGUCCCCCUCAAGGCUGGUCAGCUCCCACGGGAAAGAUGAAUUUCAACAUGGAAACCCAUCUGGUGGGAGGCCGCGAUUUUUUCUACCCUCUUUCAGCACUUCAACAGGAUACAUGUUUGACUUUCACCUAGGAGUCUAUCUGAAAAAGAAGGGGGGACAAAUGUUGCAUCUCUAGAAUUACUUGAAAAGUACCCAAGAGAAAGGCCUUUUCCUAACCUACCUCUAGCGGGUGAUCGGGGUUGGUUUUAAAACUCCGCCUGACGGGUGUUUGGAGGGUCUCCUGCUUUGCAGUUGUGUCUUAUCUCGCCCGUCACUGCAUCUGAGACCGAACCAAGGGGAAACCCUGCGCGGUUAGCAUUCGAUGCAGUGAGUGGACGCGUGCCCAAGGGUGUUUCAAAAUAAAUGCAAAGUCCGUAGGAAUGCCAGUUUUUAGAAAGGCAUGAAUUUUUUUACUCCUAGCGGGGGACACACGUCUCCCGGUGGCAGUCACUGCCUUGUCCCUUGUCCAAUUCUUCAGUCAUUCUGUUUAAGCUGUGAGUGUAUUGCUCUGGUGCAAUAUUUUGUUAGCAUUUAACCUCAGGAUAUGGAGAGUGAGGGGAUGACGUUGCUGCUAAAAAUCUAGGAAGUAUUUUUCCUGUUCCCCUCGGGCCUCCUAGUCGUGGUCUCACGUCCCCCUGCUGUGUCGUUGGAUCUGUGGGUUCCGUGAGCUGAGGGCAUUUCUGGACAAGAGGAGACAGGAGGCGGGGGUUCCCGCGAUGGAGACUGGGGACCAGCUGGGGACAUAGGUGUCCUAGGGUUUGAUCUAGAAACCCGGGUGCUUCCCACGUGAAAAGCUCAACUUCAUCCAAUGGAGCAGUACCUUCCGAUCACUGUAUUCAGCCAGAAACAGAAAAGUCCCCCAAGGCCCAAUUCUGGAUCUAAACGCCAGUGGGCCGCUCGAUCAGGGAUCUUGCUACAAACAUUAGGCGCAAUGCAUGCAUUUCUGUGGUGCCCCCCCGGACAGGCCGCGCACCUUUCCACGCGAGCCACGGUUUCAAAGCCACCACGCAAAACGGUUCCACCGACACGUGUGGGACCGAGACCAUCGCAGAGCGAUCCCCUGCCUCGGCUUUCGAUGCAGCCUGUUUGGGAGUGUGCUUGAAAAUGGGCCCAUGUGUUGAAGUUCUGUCUGAGCAGUUUCGUUUCUACUUUAAAAAAAAAGAUCAUCUCCCGUGAUUCAUUGACUUCUAAAUCGUAGUUUACACGCCUUGUCAAGACUUUUUCCAUUUCCACGACACCAAGACAAAGGGAAGAAACAAAAUGCAGCCGGGUGCGGUGGAAAGAGAGGAAAUCGAGGGGUCUGGCUCCAGAUAGAAGAGCAGCCACUUGCUGGGACCCUUCCCCGGGGUGACUUAAUCUCCUCCAUCAGAGAAGUCAUGGAGCGAACCCCGAAUACAGCAGCCCAGAUAACUGAUGGUGCAUCUCUUCAGAGAACAGCUCGGGUACGACCUGCCUCGUUGAAUUCCCAGCAGUGCGCCCGACCUUCGGCAGUGGGUCAAAGCUGCAAACCUUUCCACGAUCGCGAAAUUAUUUUACAGAUGUAGAAAAUGCUACAUCGGAACAGGGGCGACUUGGAAGUGAAGGUAAACUUACAUUUGGCUCUUGUAUCCGCUUGUAUUUUCCCUUGCUGGGUUCCCAAAGAAACCACGCCUUAGGAUUUUCUUUCUGAUGCAAAAAUUUUGAAAUUGAAAAUGUGAAGCUCUGAGGGCACACAAAAAAAAUCCUUCUGUGGGCAGAACUUUAAUUUUUUUUAAUUUUUUUAUUUUUUUGCACAGUAAGAAAUUCAAUAGGUGGGGGGGUUUGAUAAGUUGACUAUGAAAGCUUUUUUUUAAUUUUUAUUAUUAAAUAUGUAAUGAUUUAACCCACGGGGGGGGAAAAAAACCCAAGACAGUAUUUUGUACUCUUGUUUGAACCCCAUGGGUUCCUUUUGUUAAUAAAAUGAUCACACUAACCUGA